AUGACCACUGACAGAACCGCUGGUUCAUUUGUCGAUCUCAACGAAGAUGUGUUGAUCAAUAUUUUGUCCUUCAUUCCGACCAAUCACCUCUUUCAAGUUCAGACAGUAAACAAAGUAUUUUCGAAAAUUUCGGAACAUGAUAUGUUGUGGAAACGAUUUUACAAGGAAGAACUUGCACUCUUACACAACUUGGGAGUAAAAGACGAUCCAGUCCAAUCCAAUUUUAAAAAACAUUUAAAACAAAUCUAUGAAAGAACAAUUUCUCAAAUCGAGGCAAAAUUAACGAAACAACUAGUUUCAACAACUAAACACAAGAACAUUUAUUAUUCCAAAGAUGAAAUUUUGAAUUAUGAGCCACAGCAAGACCUUCAGAAAGAUCGUUUUCGUAUCGUCAUCACCGGCGAUGGUUGUAUUGGAAAAACAUCCAUGUUCAUUAAGUUUGCAACUGGCAAGUUCCCUGAUGAAUAUAUUCCAACAGUGUUUGACCAUUAUGUGAUGCAAUCAAAAUGGAAUUCAAAAUAUGCUUUGGAGUUAGUAGAUACUGAAAGUCAAGACUAUGAGCGAUUAAGACCUUUAGCUUAUUUAAAUUCAGAUCUGUGUUUCAUUGCAUUUUCUUGUCUCGAUACCUUUCACAAUGGUCAAUCGUUUAUAAAUGUUGCAGAGAAAUGGAUUGCAAGUUAUAGCCACUUUGCCCCUCAGGGUCGAAUGAUUCUCGUUGCAACCAAAUGUGAUUUAAGAAAUAAUACUAAACUCAAGAAAGAAAUGUUGUUUAAAAGAGGAAUUAGAGCUAUUAGUGUUGAACAAGGUGAAUUAAUGGCACAACAGAUGGGAUGUAUCACCUAUAUUGAAACUAGUGCCAAAGAUGGCAUUGGUUUUGAUCGUUUGGAUGAGCUUGUGUUGAAAUCGAUUGCAAUACCUCUUCGAGCCAAUGAACACAAGAAGAAUUGUUUUUUGCAAUAA